AGUAAAUAAAAGGCUCCAGCCUUUUGCAAAGUGCAGCACAAUCAGCCAUGUUAGAGAAACCGAAAGGAAUAGCUGUCAUACAAGGGAAGGAUCUGGCAUCCUGGUGAAAUCAGGCUUCCCGUUUUCUUCAGUUUUGACGGCAGCUUCAGUCCUCCAUGCAGCAAGUCAUCAGUGUGUGGGUUAGAGACCCGCGCAUCCAGAAGAACGACUUUUGGCAUGCAUACAUCGACUAUGAAAUUUGUUUGCACACAGACAGUGUGUUCUUCACCAAGAAGAUAUCAAGAGUGCGACGGAGGUUCAGUGAGUUUGUGUGGCUCAGACAAAGGCUGCAAGCCAACUCCAUGCUGAUGGCACAAAUACCAGACCUACCACCAAAGAACCCCUUCUUCAGCCUGAACAACGCCCAACAGAUCUCAGAGCGCAUGGCGGGCCUCCAGAGGUUCUUGGAACAGAUCCUGCAGAGUCCCCUGCUGCUGUCUGACAGCUGCUUGCACCUUUUCCUGCAGUCCCAGCUCAGCGUGGCCAAGAUGGAGGACUGUGCCGCAGGAAGGACCCAUUACUCCGUGGCCCAGGCGGUCCAGUGCUGCGGCAUCAGAAGGUUUCUAUCACAAGAGGCCUUGCAGAAGGACUUCAGCAUGUCCGGUGACUCAGAUUCAGACAGCUCAGAGUGCAGAGAUCCGGAAUGCCAGAUAAACAAAGCCUCAUCAGAUCACUUGGGAACCAAGCAAGAGGACAGCGUCUGCCCGUCAUCAUCAGUUUCUCCUUGAUACCAUUAUCGUUACUAGUGGAAAGAUACAGAGAUUUUAGGAAAUUGUUACCUUGUGCACUUUUGACUGUGAUUUUUGUCAUUGAUAAUGUUGGUUUUCCUGUGUAAAGCAUGCAAAGCUAAAUGUAAUGAUAAUAAUAAGUGCCUGUAUGCUGUAUAUCUGUAAUGUGUUGCUUCCCUGUGUAGCAAUGGUGCCCAAAGUCCGGUCCAGGGGCCAUUUUUUUAUUGGCCCUCGGUACAUUGUAAAAACAAAAUGAAUUAAUGAAUAAUGAGAUAGAUAUAUUAUUAGAUAUUACACUAAUCUGCUGUGUCGCCUGUAACACAAAGCUACAGUCUGGCCUGUGCUCCCACAUCGAGGCACCAGCGUUAUAAAGGCUGUGAUUGAUCUGCUCUCUCACGUUAUUUCCUGUGGGUA